AUGUUAAUUGAUGCAUCAGUGAGCUUGAUUCAGGCUGUGACAGCCUUUGCUGCUGGCCUGCAGCGGUCGAGAGUUACGAGGUAUGGCCAGAUCUGGGGAUGGCGUGAUGAUUACAAGAAGAUGGAGCGAAACUGGGAAGAAGGACAGCAAGACAGAAUUCCAUACAGAAAUUAUAUUUACGGACAGCAUGGCUUCAAAAAUUGUGAGAUCGACCCACGGCUCAGGCAGAAGGCGCCUGCACGCAUGGCCCUGAGCCGUGUCACAGAGGCCAUGGCCGUUUUCGAGACGCAGGAUUUCUACCGAGCUGAGUUUUCACAGCUUACUGCGUCUGACGUCAAGGAGGUUGGAACGUUUGCGAUCAAAGCUGAAUCAGGGGAAACCGUCAGUCCUGCAGAGGUUCCCGAGUACGUGCCCAUCAAACGUGGAAAGCGGAUGGAAAAGGAACCCGGCUUCAAGAGGCCGCCGGUAGAGAACGAAGCCUACAUGCAGUAUGUUGAUGCGAAGUGUGGUCUCUACGAGACUGCGAAGGAGGUGUCAUCCAAGCAGGCUUUCUCACUGGACAAAGACAUCAUUUGUGACCGAUCGUCGCUAGUGACUCUCCUGGAGUAUGUGAGUGACAACUUGACAAGCUUCUUGAUGCCCAAGGGUCAGCACAAGAACCCGGUGGAUCUUGUGAAGAUCUCCAAAGCUUCAGAUGGGAAGGGCUUGGUAAUGGAGCAUCUACUUGAUGUCAACCGGAUGAAGUGCUUUCCAUACAGAGGCGCCUGGAAACGCUCUGAGGUUUCCAAUCACGGAACUUAUACGCCUGCAUUCCGGCGAUUGGCCUACGGAGACUGCAAGACCAAGACCUUGAUGAUCACGGGGCUUCCUCAAAUUGCUGGCAGCAGUGCAGGUGAGAUUGACUCUUUCUAUCGAUUUGUCGAGUUUGACAUGGGUGGCAUCAGCUUCCUAGUCAAGACCCCAGCUCAUGCACAAAAAGAUGGUGAAAAUGUGGAGCUUGCCCAUAAGAACUGGUACUACCAGAACGAGGUCAAAGCUAUGACAACAUAUGCAAAAAUGUUGCUUGGGAAAGUGGAUCGCUUUGUUUUAGCCCUGCAGCGAAGCGGGAAGAUCCAUCAGGCAAGCGAUUUGCAAUCUGUCCCAGACACUGGCUGGUGGCAACCUGCAUGCUGA